CAUAGCAACCAUUAUUUUGAAAUUUAGCAGGAAAAGGAGUUUGCCGUGUGUUUUCUGCUGGCUUUGAUAAGGAUGUGGGAUCCACAGGAGGAGACAGGAGUUUGACAGGCUAAUUUUCCUCUUCAUAUGGCAACAGAGUCGGUGAAAUGUACGUGUGUCUGGCUGCUGUUGUGGCUCUGUGUCCGGCUGUCCCAGACCACAAAUACCCGAGAGUCUAUGGACGAUGACAUCCUGCUGCCCUACACACAAGGCCACGGCCCCUCCCACUCUCAUCGCUAUGUCAGGGAUUGUCAGCCCAUCAUUCAUGGCAACACCACCUAUGAGAGCUGGGCCUCCAGUAACCGCAGCGGGCAGCCGGUUGCUGAGACCAAGUUGUUUGUGUCAAAUAUUCCGGGGAGCUCCAGAAUUGUUUAUGGACACAUGACAGUGGUCAACGACCCCCUGAGGACGGUGUCCGUGUUGGAGCCAGGGGGGCCAGGCGGCUGCGAAAUGAGAGUGAGGGCAACAGUACGAGAGACGGCUGAAGCGGCUGAGUGCCUGUAUGCGCAAAAUGCUGGUUUCUUCAAUACAGUAACAAGGGAGUGUCUGGGAAACGUGGUGAGCAACAGCAGGGUGGUGCGGGACAGUGGAGGACUGCAAAAUGCCCAGUUUGGAAUCAGAAAAGACGGCAGCCUAGUGUUUGGGUAUCUAUCUCAGGAUGACGUUUUGGAUCAGUCCAAUCCAUUUGUCCAAUUAGUCAGCGGGGUGGUGUGGUUACUGAGAAACGGCGAGAUUUACAUCAAUGAGAGCAUUGAGUCCGAGUGCAACAAGACACAGGAAACAGGGGGUUUCCGCACUUUUGUGGAUGUAGUUUCAGCGAGGACGGCAGUGGGCCACGAUGCAGAGGGAAGGUUAAUCCUGUUUCAUUUUGAUGGACAGACAAACGCACGAGGUUUGAGUCUUUGGGAGAUGGCUGAUUUCCUGAAGGAGCAUGGAGUGAUCAAUGCCAUUAAUCUGGAUGGGGGCGGAUCUGCCACCUAUGUUAAAAAUGGCGUUUUGGCCAGCUAUCCAUCUGAUCAUUGUAUUUCAGAUAACAUGUGGCGCUGUGAGCGAAAGGUCUCCACCAUCUUGUGUAUCCAUAAAAGACUAUGCCAGCCAGCAAACUGCAGCGAGCACGGUGACUGUGUGGACGGACACUGUCUGUGUCAUGAUGGUUGGCAGGGUGCUGCUUGUGACUCUUUGGUGUGUCAGCCAUCAGCUUGCCGACCCCAUGGCAUCUGUACCGCCAAUGGCUGUGUCUGUGAUGCUGGUUGGAGAGGAAAGAACUGCAGCCAAGAGUGCCUCGCUGGUUUCUAUGGUGACGGCUGCAAUCAGACCUGCUCCUGUGUUAAUGGCGGUUCCUGUGACCCCGUCCACGGACGCUGCACCUGCCCUCCAGGUUUCCAUGGCAACUACUGUGAGCAAGUGUGUCCUCUGGGUUUCUACGGUCUGUCCUGCGCUCAUGAGUGUCAAUGUGAGGACCGGUGUCCAUGUGACCCACAAACAGGAAGCUGCCACACCACACUGCCAGGAAGCACCAACUACACCUUACACACAGCUGGACACUGCCUGGCUAGAAAGAUGUUUAUAUCUUGGAGGCGAGAAGAAGACGCUUACAGAGAGCGGCCUUAUUUUACGGAGCGAACGUGGAUGAUCAUCACCUUCACCCUGGCUACUGUCCUCUCAGCCAGCCUGCUGGUUCACCUCGUACAGGCGUGCCGUGCCGUUUCAGUGGCAUCUCACUUUCCCGAGCGCAAGGAUUAUUCGUACGUCCCUCUGAACAACAUCAACAGAGUCACUUCAUGUGCCAGAGGCAACACUGAGAGAGCUGAGAAAGAGGAUCUUCAAUUGGAGGACUCAGACUCUCAGGAUGAAAUUUGGUCUUCCUCACACUCAGGGUAGUCGUAGCUGUCAAGAGGACCAAGGAUAGUGAGUGAAGACAGUUAUUGCACAAAAAGAUAACGCUGAACUCUGUAAUCCUCUGCUUUAUUUGCUCUUCUUAUCAAUGACAGGUUUCUAUCAACACUCCUGAUAAAAUGAAACUGAAACUAAA